AUGAGGUUCACCACCGCCGUCGUCUCCAUCCUCGUGGGCAGCGCAUUCGCCGCCCCCACAGAAAUGUCCGCCGAGAUGAAGACCGACACGGCAUCCGACAUGUCCGCAGAUGCCAUUGCUGCCCUUUCACACAUGCACCUAUCCGACAUAUUCAGCGAGCGCCAGCUGGCCGUGAUCAAGGUCCUCUCCAAGCACAAGCACGAGCUCGGCCUGAACGACAAGGAAGCCGAGAUGAUGGAUACCUUUAUGGGGGCACUGCACGAGACGUUCCACCUCAACGACAAGAGACAGAUUGCCACUGAUGCUGCCGGCAAUGCCACCAACACGGUGACGGGCGCGCUGGGAAACCCUGGGGGUGUGAUUGACCCGCUCAACGUCACUAAUACUAAUGCCACCACCGGUGCGGUCGGCACAACUAUAGCUAAUGCUACUACGGGGGCUCUUGCGGGCUCGACUGCACUUUUGGAUAUUCUCAAGAGCAUUCCGGCGUUGGGAGCUCUGUUGGCCGGGACCACGGGCGGCCUUGGAGGGGCUACGAGCGGACUGACGGGGGCUGCGAGUGGGUUGGGAGGACUUACAGGCGGUCUUGGUGAGUCGACGGGCGGCCUGGGAGGGUUAACUGGUGGUCUUGGAGGAUUGACUGGAGGUCUUGGAGGACUGACGGGGAGUUUGGGUGGCCUUGGUAGUCUGGGGCUUUUGUGUCCUCGUUCUGGUGGGCUUCUCGGCGGUAUUCUCAUUCCUGGGAUCUUGUAA